AUGGAGUUUUUGCUAAGAAAAGAAGAAAUCUCCCAAAACGAGCUUGUAAACACGCUCGAAAGAAAUGUAGCGAUCUUAAAGAUAGAAAACCGUUACAAUUUAAGAAUCAAUCAUGAAUUGGAAACGAAGCUCGUGCUGUUCCAUAACGUUUUACGCAAUCUUCUGGAUAAACUUGACUCUUUAUGGAAUUUAGCCGAAGCACGACAUCACGGGGGAAAUGAAAUAAAACAGUUUGCUGAUCAGAUUUCGAAUUCAUGGACUUCAAUUAGUCGACAGAUUUCUGAAAAAUAUUCUAAGAUUCAAAUGGCAAGUCGAACGUUGCAUGGAGUUCCAUUAUCAUUGUUAUUGGAUAAAGUUAAAAAAGAGGUAGUUUUACUGAAACUAUGUUUACAAGCUCAUGAUCUUCCUUGCAAUCAGGAAUAUAAGUUAAAAGGGUAUGAAUUAAUUACUGAAGUUGAAGAACUUAUAAAUAGUUUGGUAAAAUGUGAUUAUAAGUUACAACAGUAUUUAUCUAUAUCAAAUAUUAUUCCACAUAUUAGAAAACUAGAUUCAAUGGUGGAUAAAUAUGUCUCCAAUGUUGAAUUACUAUCUAUAAAAAAAUCAUUCUUGUCUGAUUUAAGUACUUUUUCAAUUCUUGUAAAACUAUUAACAGGUGAAUUAUUAGGGUAUGAACCUAUAGAUCCUAAUCAUAUUCUAAUAGAAAAUGUACCAAAGAAGCCAGUUUUCAUUAUAAAAAACAUUAAACGUAAAGGUACUUGCCCUUAUUAUCCAACAUAA